AUGGCGAACCGUAUGUCCAUCUAUUCGGCCCUGUCGUCGGUUUCUCAGGACCCUCGAUCAGCUGGCCAGCAGCCAGCCCAGGUUUCCACGACGACGCUGUUGAAUGCGCUUCACACUGCCUACGCCUCUGCACAGGGAUACCAGCUUGAGGCCGGAACCAGCUUGGUGGUCAACACAUGGCUCACCACCACCACCCCAGGUCCUAACGGAGAAGUUGGCGGAACGCUGGACGCGAGUCUGGCAAGGAGAGCCUGGGAGCACGCUCGACGAAGAGCAGAAGAUGGAUGCAUCGUUUUAUGCUCCUCACAUCAAUCUUCUCCCUCCCUCUUGUUUCCCAUGUUAGCAUCUCUACCACUCGCUACGCCAGAAAUCGCAUAUACCGCCAUCUCUGCCAUUCGCCCAUUCGUCUCUCAAGUCACCCCAUACAACCCCACUGCCCUCCAAUAUUCAGCUCUCGCAGUCUCCUAUACUUUUACCUUGACCGGCCGUGUCACGGACGUCCAGCUAGCAGUGUCUAAUUCUGGCAUCAACACUUCUCACGGCCUAUUCAACAUCCCCGCUGAAGCCGGUUACCGGGCCUUUGACGUCUUUUACUACCUCAUCACAUCCUCAUCCACGCCAGCGGAGAGGGAAUUCCUAGGCAUUAACGACCCUUCCACCUGUGCCCUUCUUAGUAAAUCCGGCACAUUCGAUCCCCCAUCCUACUUGCCUACAGCUGACGAUGCUGCUGCUGCGGAAGACUUCCGGAGUUGCCUGAAGGCUAUUGGAAUCAAAGGUGCCGCUCAGAGGAACCUUCUGUCUGUCCUGGCCGCUCUGCUUAAACUCGGAAAUGCAAUGGGCCUGUUGGUCGAUCAAGAAGAGAUCGAGGAUGUCUGUGAAGAUGUUGGAGGUCUCUUGAACAUCGACCCGCUCAUCCUUCUUAAGAACUUCAACACGGACGAACGAGAGGCCUUGAUGGCCGGUAUCUACGAUGCAUUGUUGGACUGGAUUAUUGCAAAGGCGAACGAGGCUAUUCACAACGAGAUCAUCUCCAUCCACGAAAACGGCUCGAGUGACGGGGGACCCCGCACUGCCUUGACUGAGGAAGAAACCGCCGAUACUGUCGGCCUUACCGUUGUCGAAAUCCCGGACCCUGCUCUAGGAAAGGCAAUUGCUCUCAGAGGCGCAUUCGAUGAUACCACGGGUAUCAACGCUGAGAUAAAGGAGGAUGGAAUCGAGGUUAUUGGCCCAGGUCAUUCAGUUGUUAGUGAGAUGAACGCUGCCAAAGCCGAGGUCGGAGUACACUUGGGUAUGACUGAUAAUGCCGCUUCCCGAGAAAGGGACUACUUUAAUGAUAAAGUUGAGGGAGUCUUGGAGAAAAUCGGCGUUGAGGUGGAACCUGGUUGUUUCUUCCGUCAAAUUCUAUACCCUGUUCCAGGACAAGGGGUUAGACAUGGCCAGACGAAGCGUUUUGACCUAGUCAAUACCCUUGGAAGCAGCAGAGUCUGGUAUCACCUUUCUAUUCAUCCAACAGACGACCCACCAGCUGCUCUUGCUGCCCUACCCUCGGCUACCUCUGCUUGGUCUGCCGGAACCGUCUCGCGCCAACUUCGUGCUUGGAGACUCCCAGAAGUAGCAAACCGUCGAAACAAACGAUUGGAUUUUACGGCAGACUUCGACGUUGAGGAGUUCGUUAUCAGAUAUUCUCCCCUCGGUUGUCAGGAAGGAAAAGAUGGUGUCGAGAAUUGGAUUCUUGAACGAGGAUGGUCAAAUGGUGACGUGGUCGUCGGUAAUGAGCGCAUCUGGAUGAGAGAAAGUGCCUGGUGGGAGGCCGAAUCCAUGCUCGACCUCAUGCCCCAACAGGCGAACGCCAACCCGUUUAAUCCAGGAAUGACCAGCAAUUUUGACUCAGGUUACACACCUAGCCCGCCAGGUUUGAACCCUGCAAUGAACCAGAGUGGCUUCUUCACCGCCGACGGCAUGAGCAUCCAAGGAAGCCACGAACACCUUGUAAACAGACAGGGCCCCGGAACAAUAGCUGCGACAGUAGUUACUGGCACAGGAGUCGCUCAAUCAGUUGCGCCCACCAUGAACAGAGUCUCUAGGAACGUUGGUGACUAUGGCCUGGGAGCCAAAGGAGACGACAUUAAGUACGACGACGCCUACUACGAUGAAAACCUGGGUCGCUUUGUCGGCCAACUCGACCCUGAAUUUGCCGACCCUAAAAGCAUUGAACAUGAAAGGAUCACUUUCAGUCGUCGGCUGUGGAUUGCAUUUGUCUGGGCGAUGACUUUCUGGAUUCCAUCCUUCGUCCUCCGCUAUGUCGGACGGAUGAAGCGACCGGAUGUCCGCAUGGCAUGGAGAGAGAAAAUUGUUCUCGUGUUUUUGAUUAUACUCUUGAACGCUAUCAUUGUCUUCUACAUUGUCGAGUUUGGCAAUCUGAUUUGCCCUGGUAGGGACAAAGUAUGGGACAGCACAGAAAUCGGUUUCCACCAAGGUGAAGAUGAUACAUUCGUCAGUAUCCGCGGUCAGGUCUAUGAUAUCAGCAAGUUUGCAAAAACUCCGCAUACAUCAGGCAGAAAAUACCCAACCGACCGGGAAGCCAUGCAGCCAUUCGCUGGCCAUAAUCUUGACGCCUAUUUCCCCAUCCCAUUGACGUUAGCCUGCCCUGGUUUUGGCAUUAAGUCGAACAUUGAACUCAUCCCCAACAACACCGAUGCCUCUUUAAACCCGAUCGCUAUUCACAAGUCUGGUCCCAACCAACCUGAUAUAACUCUUAAGCUUCACAAUGAAGAUUGGUAUCCAAAGGUCUUCCAACCCGUGAUUAAGGAAUUUUACAAGGGUGACUUGGUUUGGUCCAAAAAGAAUGUCACAGCCCAAGCAAGGGACCUUGACAGGAAAUGGGUUAUCAUCAACGAAAAGGUCUACGACUUGACUGAUUACUUUAACACUCUUGACAAAAUGGACAGUUACCCCGCGUAUGACUUCUUACCACCUGUUGUCACAGAUCUAUUUAAGAAGGAAGCCGGAACCGAUAUCACAAGUCUAUGGGGCGAUACCACCGAGUUCAAGAACAGCAUGAAUUGUUUGAACAAUCAAUUCUAUGUUGGAAAGACCGAUUUCCGUGAGACCCCACGUUGUCAAGCGAACAAGUACAUCCUUUUGUCGUUUACUAUCGUCCUUUGUGCUGUUAUUCUCAUAAAGUUCCUUGCUGCCCUGCAGCUUGGUACUAAACGUCGACCUGCGAUGCAAGACAAGUUUGUUAUCUGCCAGGUACCAGCGUACACCGAAGGAGAGGACCAACUCCGCAAAGCCAUUGAUUCUCUCACUGCGCUCCAAUACGAUAACAAGCGAAAGCUCAUAUUCGUUGUCUGUGAUGGUAUGAUCGUUGGUGGUGGUAACGAUAGGCCUACUCCCAAAAUUGUACUCGAUAUUCUUGGUGUCGAUCCCAAAAUCGAUCCCCCGGCUCUCCCAUUCAAAUCCGUCGGUGAAGGAAGUGACCAGCUUAACUACGGAAAGGUGUAUUCUGGCCUGUAUGAGUACGAAGGCAACGUGGUCCCCUACAUCGUCGUCGUCAAAGUCGGCAAGGAAUCAGAACAGUCCAAGACCAAGCCCGGAAAUCGUGGAAAGCGUGACUCCCAGGUCCUUCUACUCAGGUUCCUUAACCGUGUCCACCACCGCUCCCAUAUGUCGCCGCUCGAGCUGGAGAUAUUCCAUCAGAUCAACAACGUCAUCGGAGUGGACCCUGAACUGUAUGAGUACCUUCUCAUGGUUGAUGCCGAUACUAGCGUUAGGGAAGAUUCUCUUAAUCGGUUAGUUGCAAGUUGUGCAAACGACGCGAAAAUUGCAGGUAUCUGUGGUGAAACCAGUUUACAGAACGAGGAACGAAGUUGGUGGACUAUGAUUCAGGUCUACGAAUACUACAUUUCCCAUCAUUUGGCCAAAUCUUUCGAAUCUCUUUUCGGCAGUGUUACCUGUCUUCCUGGAUGUUUCUCCAUGUAUCGACUCCGUACCCAAGAUAAAGGGCGUCCAUUGAUCAUUUCUGAAAAGGUCAUUAGCGAGUAUGCUGAUGUACGAGUUGACACCUUGCACCAGAAGAAUCUGUUGUCCCUAGGAGAAGAUCGAUUCUUAACGACACUGAUGACAAAACACUUCCCUCACAUGUCCUACAAAUUCGUGCCUGAUGCGUAUGCAAGCACCGCUGCUCCAGAAACGUGGCAGGUUCUCAUGUCCCAGAGACGACGUUGGAUCAACUCUACCAUCCACAAUCUCGCUGAACUUAUGCUCCUGAAAGACCUGUGUGGCUUCUGUUGCUUCAGCAUGAGAUUCGUUGUAUUCAUUGACUUGUUCGGAACGCUCAUCCUCCCAGCCACAACCGUCUAUCUUGGAUACCUUCUCUAUCUCGUCGGCUCCCACAAAGGACAAUUCCCAUUGAUUUCCAUUAUCUUGAUUGCAGCUGUAUACGGUCUUCAGGCUGUCAUCUUCAUCAUCAAACGCCAAUGGCAACAUAUUGGUUGGAUGAUCAUCUACCUGAUGGCGUUCCCCUUCUACAGUUUUAUUCUCCCCUUGUACUCCUUCUGGAACCAAGACAACUUCACAUGGGGUAACACCCGUAUCGUUAUUGGAGAGAAGGGUGACAGGAAAAUUAUUGCUGUCGAAGAUGAGCACUUUGAUCCUAAGAGCAUCCCUCUCCAGAGAUGGGACAACUACGCUCUUAUCCAUAACCUCCCCGGUCGCAGAGGCAAUCCAAAUGCACAGGAGAAGGGUAACCUCCCAGGAUACAAUGACGAAUCGGCCGUUGAGAUGGAUGACAUGCAUUCGAUGUAUUCUUCCGUGAAGCCAGCAUCAACGAUCCUAACUGGUUUCCCGACUCAGGGGGCUCAACAAACACCCUACGUCCUUCCUCAUUCUCCAAGCCCAUACAGCAAUCUUCCUGGAAAUAGGAGCUCGCAUAUGUCUCACCUUACUACCUACACGGACCAACCUCAACUAGGUGGCCGAGGCUCUCAACAUCUAUCCGUAGGUAACUUGAGCCACUAUCAAGAUAACCCAGCCAAUGCCAGCCGCUUGAGUGGCUUCGGUGUACCGGGCUCUGAUAACAACUUUGCUCCAUCCCAACGCCUGAGCAUGCGAAGCCCCAUGCCGCGACCCGCCAGUACCCUGGUGGACUUCAGAAAUGCUCCUGGACAGGGUCCCGACGAGGCCGCUAUUACUGCUGCAAUUCAAGGAUGUCUAGGAGAAGUAGAUCUCGACACCGUCACAAAGAAACAAGUUCGUGCCCUUGUUGAACAACGACUUCAAACGACUUUGACUGGAGAAAAGAAGGCUUUCCUCGACCGCCAGAUUGAUAAUGAACUUGCCAAUAUGUGA